UACCGUCCGCACGGAACGUGUGAGCGCUGCUGUCUCCCGCGCUACCAGGACAACAUAACCUCCGAGUGCCGCAGCUCGACUGCUAACUUGACACUGUGUCGAGUUCACUCAGUAAGAGUACCCUCGUCGCAAAGCUUGCACCAACCUGUAGCAGAGCGCGGCCGAAAUGUUUGGGAUAUUAACGCUGGCCACCAUAAGUGUGCUGAUAUAUACAGUGGUGUCGCUGUUGAUGCACUGCAACGAUCGCUGGAGGGAUAUAGGACAGUGUUUCUGUGACGACUGCCGCCCGCGCCUGCAGGCACAAGUUCGUGCGCCCGUUGCGCCCGUCGCCUCCGUGUCCUCGUACAUUGAUAUCCCGAUGCAACCUUAACUCUUACACUCACGGUAAUAAGUGCCAAUAAUAAUCUAGUGCCAAAGUUGUUUUGAUUACUAAAUAAAGAACUAGUUACGUUGUUUAUCAAUUUUACAUCCCCCAAAUAUAUAUAAGGGGAUGUUGGUUGGUGUAAUGAACUUGAAAUUUUAAAUAUCGAACGAAAUCGUUAACUAUUUCACUGCGGGUAGUAGUCGAAGAAGUGAACCAGUGCCCCGGUUCGAGUACCGGCUGCGAUGCGCAAGCGCAGGUAACGGAGGAUGGAGCCGUUCGCGCGCCUGAUGGAGGGCGCUAAGCUGCCCGGGGUGUUGGCCACUCGUGACGCCCGGCCGCGGGGCGCGCUGGUGCACGCCAGCCUGGCUGCCGGCCCGCACUUGGCCGACAAGCGCGGACGCCACCUCACCGGCACCUUCUGUCUCACCGGUGACACCAUGGAGGGCAUCAUUCAGUGCCUGGUCUUCUUGAAGGCCUUCUCGCUGGUGGGAGGUGAGUUCGACAUGGAGCUGAACUUCGUGAUCCAGGACGCUCAGAAUAUCCAGCACAUGCUGGAGCUGUUGGACCACUGCCCGCCCAGUCUGCAGGCGGAGAUCUGGUCGGUGUUCAUCGCGAUUCUGCGCAAGAGCGUGCGCAACCUUCAGGCCUGCACCGACGUGGGGCUCAUCCACCACGUGCUACAGCGAUUGGCGCGCGCCGAGACCGUUGUCGCAGAUCUUCUUAUCGAGAUGUUGGGUGUCCUGGCAAGCUACAGCGUAACAGUCAAAGAAUUGAAACAAUUAUUCAAUGCGAUGAAAGCCGUUAAUGGAAAAUGGCCGCGACACUCCGCCAAGCUGCUGAACGUACUGCGCCAGAUGCCACAUCGGAACGGCCCCGACGUGUUCUUCAGCUUCCCGGGCCGGAAGGGCUCGGCGAUUGUGCUGCCUCCGCUAGCGCGGUGGCCCCACGAGAACGGGUUCACCUUCACCACGUGGUUCCGGCUCGACCCCAUCAACUCGGUCAACAUCGAGCGAGAGAAGCCCUACCUGUACUGCUUCAAGACAAGUAAGGGCGUGGGCUACACGGCGCACUUCGUGGGCAACUGUCUGGUGCUGACGUCCAUGAAGGUUCGCGGCAAAGGCUUCCAGCAUUGUGUCAAAUACGAGUUUCAACCGAGAAGGUGGUACGCGAUAGCCGUGGUGUACAUCUACAACCGAUGGACCAAGAGCGAGAUCAAGUGUCUGGUGAAUGGGCAGCUCGCAUCCAGCACCGAGAUGGCCUGGUUCGUGUCCACCAACGAUCCGUUCGACAAGUGCUACAUCGGCGCUACGGCGGAGCUGGACGAAGAGCGCGUGUUCUGCGGCCAGAUGGCAGCCGUCUAUCUCUUCGGGGAGGCGCUCUCCACGCACCAGAUCUGCGCCAUGCACCGCCUGGGGCCCGGCUACAAGAGUCAGUUCCGAUUUGACAACGAAUGCAACAUCAGUCUGCCGGAGAAUCACAAACGGGUGAGCGACAUCGCCCCCGAGCUUGACGCUGAUAACGCGCUCGCCGCGCCGCUCGGCGAGCCGUCCGCCGAUCCCGCGGACGCGGCGGUGCGCGAGGACGCCACGCCGCGCGGGCGCCGCCUGGCGGACGAAGCGCGCCACGUGGCCGCCGCGCAUGCCUCCCUGCUCGUAGAUGUUGAAGCAUGCAAGCGUGUUCUGUACGACGGGAAGCUGUCGUCGGCGAUCGUGUUCAUGUACAACCCGGUGGCCACUGACGGCCAGCUGUGCCUGCAGUCCGCGCCCCGGGGCAACGCCUCCUACUUCGUGCACACGCCGCACGCUCUCAUGCUGCAGGAAGUUAAAGCCGUCAUCACACAUUCCAUACAUAGCGCUUUGAACUCUAUUGGUGGAGUGCAAGUACUAUUUCCGCUGUUCGCGCAGUUGGAUCUAGCGCACGACACUCCCACUAACGAGCCGAAAAGAGACCCCUUGCUCUGCUCGAAGCUACUGGGGUUCGUAUGCUCGCUGGUGGAGUCGUGCAGCACCGUGCAGCAGCAGAUGCUCCAGUGUCGCGGGUUCCUGGUCAUCUCGCACAUGCUGCAGCGCUGCGGCCGCGACCACCUCACCUCCGACACGCUCGCCUCCUUCCUGCACCUCACCAAACACCUCGUCACCUGCUGCUCUCCCAAUUCCGAUCUUCUAUUGAAACAGCUGCUGGACCACGUGGUGUUCAGCCCCGCGCUGUGGGUGCACACGAGCGCCGGCGUGCAGGCGCGGCUGUACUGCUACCUGGCCACCGACUUCCUGGCGGACGCACACGUGUACGGCAGCGUGCGCCGCGUGUCCACCGUGCUGCAGACCGUGCACACGCUCAAGUACUACUACUGGAUCGUCAACCCGCGCGCCAGGAGCGGCAUCGCGCCCAAGGGCCUGGAUGGACCGCGGCCAGCUCACAAGGACAUCCUGACGAUCCGAGCGUACAUCCUGCUGUUCUUGAAGCAGCUCAUCAUGAUCGGCAACGGCGUGAAGGAGGACGAGCUGCAGGCGAUACUCAACUAUCUGACCACCAUGCACGAGGAUGAAAAUUUGCACGACGUGUUGCAAAUGUUAAUUUCGCUAAUGUCCGAACAUCCCAGUUCCAUGGUUCCCGCUUUCGACGCCAAGGGUGGCGUUCGAACAAUAUUCAAACUAUUGUCUUCAGAGAGUCAGUUGAUUCGAUUGCAGGCUCUCAAACUGCUGGGAUUUUUUCUUAGUCGCAGCACACACAAACGCAAGUACGACGUUAUGUCGCCGCACAAUCUAUAUACACUGCUUGCGACCCGGUUGGGAGCGGGGUCCGCGUCGGGAGCCGGAGGCGCGUCUUCUUCCGGGGAGCCUCUCUCUCUGGCCGUCUACAACGCGCUGUACGAGCUGCUGACCGAGCACGUGUCGCAACAGAUCCUGCACACGGCGCACCCUGAGCCGCAGCCGCACUUCCGCCUCGAGAACCCAAUGAUCUUAAAAGUAGUCGCGACUCUGAUCCGUCAGUCAAAGCAAACGGAACAGGUGCUGGAAGUGAAGAAGCUAUUCCUAUCCGACAUGACACUAUUGUGCAGUAACAACAGAGAGAACCGGCGAACGGUUCUCCAGAUGUCCGUAUGGCAGGAAUGGCUCAUUGCGAUGGCAUACAUACAUCCCAAGAAUGCAGAAGAGCAAAAGAUAUCGGAUAUGGUCUAUUCGCUAUUCCGGAUGUUAUUGCAUCAUGCGAUCAAACAUGAGUAUGGUGGUUGGAGAGUCUGGGUCGACACGCUGGCGAUCGUGCACUCCAAGGUAUCUUAUGAAGAAUUUAAACUUCAAUUCGCACAAAUGUACGAACAUUAUGAACAAAGACGAGCUGAUAACAUCACAGACCCGGCUGAGCGACAACAACGCCCUAUCUCCACAAUAUCCGGUUGGGAUAGACAUACAGAUGGUCAUGUAAAAAAUAAAGUUCUACCCGAUGCGGUUGAGAGUGAUGCAUCGCCAGUCACCAUAAGAAAACAAAAUGUUCUCAAUCAUGGGGCUCAAACUGAAAUUGGAAAAGGACUUUCUCUUAGGGAAAUUGAAACGUGUAAAUGUAAUAAAUCUAGUGAAAUUGCCGAUGACAGUCGGACUAACAUAGUGUACAGUGAAGUAUGUAAAGUGCAUUCCCCUGCCAAGAAUCUUAGUGCUGAAGUGCCUGAUGAAGGUUGUGAUAGUGUAAGGCGUGAAACAGAACAUGUUAUAGAUGAGCAGAUGGAUGAUAAAACACUUAAUUCAAAUGAUGACUUAAUACAAUCAAUACUGGAAAACAAAUUGAUGGAGAGUUCAGAAUCUGGUAUAGUCACGACAGAGACGAUUUCCGAACAAACAGACAAACCUCUGUCACGACAAGGCAGUCUCGACUAUAUUCCAGUAAGAGAUGUAGGAGAUAAUAUUUGUAAAGAAGAUAUUACGGAUAAGAGCGAACACUUGCCGUCGAGCUUAUCUAUCAGUGAAACGGCAAGUCCUGAAAGAAUUAUCGAUGAACUUAAUCUGGUCAAUGAAAGAGAAUCCGAACUUUCUGAUCCUUCCGAGCUUUAUUUGACGCCAAGUGAAGCAACCAGCCCAAAGAAAAUUCAAGAUAAGACUGAUACAUGCAUUCCAGACGAAGUUGACAAUGAUCCUAAACAUGUUGCCAUAAAUAUUGUUAACGACGUUCUUAGCAUUGCACUAGAAACUGUAAGAUUAAAAACAGACGAUGAUACAGACUCUGGUGCCAUUUCAGGUGGAAUCAUUUCUGAAGGAAACACUCCUAAUGGUAGGGAGGACUUAGAACAAGACAUUGAAGAUAUUGAGAAAGAGGAAUCCGUCGAGACAAUCGCUCACAAUUUAGUUUUGGACAUUAUAAAUUCUGUAGUUUCAAAUUGUGAAGAUAAAUAUGAUAUUCCUCCCAGUUUAAGUACUGAAAAUAUAGAAACUGAAGAUGAUGAUAAUAGAUUAGCUGAUGAUAUUAUUUUAACAUUGAAUAGUGACGAUGUUAUUCCAUUUGACCAUCAAGAUGAUGAUACCGAAAAGAAGGUUGAUGAUGCAUCGGAAAUUAAUCCUGAAUGCGAACGUCUAAAACUAGAUGCAGAAAAUGAAGAUCAAAAAGUUCCAGAAGUGCCAUCAAUAUCUAUAAUAAGUGAAAACAUUUCUAUAGCAAAUAGAACAGAACAAGAUGUGCUGCAAGAAGAGAGUGCUGGUGAGAUUGAAAGAGAUAAAAGACGCGUGAGUUUGCCUGGAGAUAAUGAGAUGAAGCAGGAGAGUAAUAGAUAUGAGGGUGUAGCUUCUCAAGGGACAAACACCUCGGGUUCGCCUAAGAGACCGAGAAGUGCUUCAACGAGUACACAAGUGGACUCCAAUCAUUUUGAAUGUCCCCGCGGCAGCCGAGGGUCGCGUGCGAUGUUUUCGCCGGGGCCCACGCGCCCACCCUUCCGCAUCCCGGAAUUUCGCUGGUCCUACAUACACCAGCGUCUCUUGUCCGAUGUGCUUUUCUCUCUAGAAACCGAUAUCCAGGUGUGGCGCAGUCACUCGAGCAAAUCGGUGAUAGAGUUCGUGAAUAGCAGCGAGAAUGCGAUAUUCGUGGUGAACACCGUGCACCUCAUCAGUCAGCUGGCCGAUAAUUUGAUCAUCGCGUGUGGCGGCCUACUGCCGCUAUUGGCUUCCGCCACCUCGCCCAAUAACGAGUUGGACGUGAUAGAACCAACACAGGGCAUGCCAGUAGAGGUAGCCGUCACCUUCCUGCAGCGGCUGGUCUCCAUGGCCGAUGUGCUGAUAUUCGCGAGCGCGCUCAACUUCGCCGAGCUGGAGGCCGAAAAGAAUAUGUCGAGUGGUGGGAUACUCCGGCAGUGCUUGCGACUGGUGUGCACGUGUGCGGUGCGAAACUGCCUCGAGUGCAAGGAGCGACAGAGAUGCGCGACGCGGCCCGCCCGGACUUCGGAUUCGCCCUCGCCCAAGAGUAUUGUGGCGAGUCUGGCCGAGGCGUCGAGCCCGGUGAAGGACCCCGAACGACUGCUUCAGGACAUGGACGUCAACCGGCUACGGGCCGUCAUUUACAGAGACGUUGAGGAGACGAAGCAGGCACAAUUCCUGUCCCUGGCGAUAGUGUACUUCAUCUCGGUGUUGAUGGUGUCCAAGUACCGCGACAUCCUGGAGCCGCCGGCGUUGUCGCACACGCAGUCGUCGCGCCGCUCGACCCACGCGCCUCAUGCGCAUGACCACCACGAUCACAACGGCGACGACGUUGAAUACACGAUGAUCGUCGUCGACGAAAACAACUCCACACUUAACGAGCUAGACUCGCCGUCAAUCAAGGAGGGCGAAAGCGUGGCCAAAAUUGAAACGAGCACGGACGAUGUGAAGCCUAGUUGCGAAGAACACAGGCCGGAAGAUAACUGCCCAGGUUCGGACAAGGAAGAGCCGCUGUUCAGGUCGAGUCUGCGAGCAGUGACGCAGGCUAAGCCAAAGAGCGUGGACUCAUUGGAGGACGGUGGCUCUUUCCACCUCCACUCCACGGAGACCAAUAACGACCCGGAGAGCUCGAGCGAGGUGGCGCUCGACGACAACAAGCAGCCUGUGAGCAACGACGAGUCGUGGACCGACGUGAACCUGAACGAGGAUGGAGACCGAGGACCCGCCACCAUCACUGGAGGCAGGGACCACGACGUUUCAGAGAUAGAGAAGCAGAUGCAUCUGCGCGACCAUCACCACGUGCGUCAGAGCCGCAGUCUGCAAGCAGUGCAGAGACAUCUGCAGGAAAACGAGACAAGCAUGUCGAUCUGCGGAGAUAAGGAAGGAGAUGGUGAUAUAAUUGGAAGUGGAGGGGCGGGGAUAGAGGGCGUCUCGCUCACUCACAAGCUGGAACGCGCGCUUGGAGCAGUCUGUCCCUUACUGCGUGAGAUCAUGCUGGACUUUGCGCCCUUUCUGUCAAAAACACUUGUUGGAAGUCACGGGCAAGAGCUACUGAUGGAAGGUCUGCAAACCUUCAAGUCGUCGACGUCCGUGGUAGAGCUGGUGAUGCUGCUGUGCUCGCAGGAGUGGCAGAACUCACUGCAGAAGCACGCGGGGCUAGCCUUCAUAGAGCUGAUCAACGAGGGAAGGUUGCUGUCACACGCCAUGCGUGACCACAUCGUGCGCGUCGCCAACGAGGCCGAGUUCAUCCUGAACCGUAUGCGCGCCGACGACGUGCUCAAGCACGCUGACUUUGAGUGCCUGUGUGCCGCUACGAGCGCCGAGCGCGCUGAAGAAGAGCGCACGUGCGAGCGGCUGAUAGCGGCAGGACGCCGGCGCGACCAGGCCGCCGCCUCGCGCCUGCUCGACAAGCUGCAACCCCGGUUGGGAGACGGCAGAAUUGUGGAGUGUGAGUUUUGGAAGCUGGACUCGUGGGAGGAUGACGCGCGGCGCCGACGUCGGCUGGUGCCCGACCCGCGCGGCCGGCGCCACGACCGACACACGCACGCCUCGCACGAAUCGUACUCGCCCAACGACGCGAUCCUGCAGGCGACGGAAGAGCUGCAUGCCCGCAUCGCGCAGGUGUCGGGCGGGGCGCAGCUACCGGCGCCGCCCGCCGCCGACCUGCUGGAUGACGCGGAGCUGCUGAUAGACGACCGAGACGAACAGGAGAUCUCAGGUCCGGUGAACAUGAGCACGAAGGCCAAGCUGGUGGCGCCGGGGCUAGUGGUAGGAGGUACGUUGUCGCUCACGAGCACCGAGCUGUACUUCGAGGUGGACGAGGACGACCCCGACUACAAGCGGAUCGACCCCGAGGUGCUGAAGUACUGCGAGCACCUGCACGGCAAAUGGUACUUCAGCGAAAUCCGCGCCAUCUUCUCGCGGCGCUACCUGCUGCAGACCACAGCCGUCGAGCUGUUCCUGGCCAGCAGGACGUCUAUCCUGUUCGCGUUCCCGGAGCAGGCCACGGUGAAGCGGGUCAUCAAGGCGCUGCCCCGCGUGGGAGUCGGCAUUAAGUAUGGCAUCCCGCAGACCAGACGCGCGUCCAUGAUGUCGCCGCGACAGCUCAUGCGGAACUCCAACAUGACGCAGAAGUGGCAGCGGCGCGAGAUCUCCAACUUCGAGUACCUCAUGUUCCUCAACACCAUCGCAGGACGGACGUACAACGACCUCAACCAAUACCCCGUGUUCCCGUGGGUGCUCACCAACUACGAGAGCGAAGAGCUGGACCUGAGCCAGCCCUCCAACUACAGGGACCUCUCCAAGCCCAUCGGCGCGCUCAACCCGAGCCGGCGCGCCUACUUCGAGGAGCGGUAUGCCCAGUGGGAGCACGAGUCCACGCCGCCCUUCCACUACGGCACGCACUACUCCACCGCCGCCUUCGUUCUCAACUGGCUGCUACGAAUCGAGCCGAUGACGACAAUGUUCCUGGCGCUACACGGCGGCAAGUUCGACCAUCCCAACCGGCUGUUCUCUUCCAUCGCACUCGCCUGGAAGAAUUGUCAGCGCGACACCUCCGAUGUCAAGGAGCUGAUCCCCGAGCUGUUCUUCCUGCCGGAGAUGCUGGUAAACAAGGCGCGACUGCCGCUGGACGUGCCCGAGUCUCCGUCAGGUGACGUGGUGCUGCCGCCCUGGGCCUCUUCGCCCGAGGAGUUUGUUCGCAUCCAUCGCAUGGCACUCGAGUCGGAGUUCGUGAGCUGCCAGCUGCACCAGUGGAUAGACCUCAUCUUCGGCUACAAGCAGCGAGGUCCGGAAGCCGUCCGCGCCACCAACGUGUUCUACUACCUGACGUACGAGGGCGGCGUGCGCCUGGAGCAGGUCGGCGACACCGUGACGCGCGCGGCCGUGGAGGAGCAGAUCCGCAGCUUCGGGCAGACGCCGGCGCAGCUGAGCGCCGAGCCGCACCCGCCGCGCGCCUCGCCGCUGCACCUGGCGCCGCUCAUGUUCGCGGCGCCGCCCGACGACCUGUGCCUGCGCCUCAAGCUGCCGUCCAACGCCGCCGUGGUGCACGUGGCCGCCAACACCUACCCGCAGCUGCCGCACCCCGCCGCGCUCACGGUGAGCGCGGCCCGUGCGUUUGCGGCACAUCGCUGGGUGGGCGGGGGCUGCGCACACGCAGGCGCCGCGCGGCACGCAGAGCACGCGCCGCCGCCGCACCCGCUCGUCAUGGAUCCCGUGUGGGCGGCGGGUGGUGCGGCGGCACUGGCCCGACGUCACCUCGGCGACAACUUCUCACAGCGCGUGCGCGCGCGCUCCAACUGCUUCGUCACGACGGUCGACUCGCGUUUCCUGAUCGCCGCCGGCUUCUGGGACAACAGUUUUAGGGUCUUCUCCACCGAGACAGCUAAGAUAGUGCAGAUAAUAUUCGGGCAUUACGGCGUGGUUACGUGCGUGUCGCGCUCGGAGUGCAAUAUCUCAUCCGAUUGCUACGUGGCGUCCGGCUCCGAGGACUGCACCGUGCUGCUGUGGCACUGGUCGUCGCGCGCGGGCGGUAUUGUGGGCGACGGAGGAGGAGCUGCCGGGGGAGCGGGGGGCAGUGGGGGGGCGGGGGAUGCUCCUGCGCCGCGGGUCGCGCUCACUGGCCACCAGGCGACCGUUAACGCGGUCCUCGUGUCCGCGGAGCUGGGGCUCGUCGUCUCCUCCUCAGAAAACGGGCCGGUGCUGAUCCACACGACGUUCGGCGAGCUGCUCCGCUCGCUGGAGGGCGGCGAGGGCGUGGCCGGGCCGCAGCAGCUGGCGCUGUCCCGCGAGGGCGUGCUGGUGGCGUCAUAUGCGCGUGGACACCUGGCCGCCUUCACGUUGAACGGGCGUCGCCUGCGCCGCGCCACGCACCACGACAGCUUCCAGUGCCUGGCGCUGUCCCGCUGCGGCGAGUACCUGGUGUGCGGCGGCGACGCGGGCGUGGUCGAGGUGUGGCGGGCCUUCACUCUGGCGCCGCUGUACGCCUUCCCGCCCGCCGGCGCCCCCGUCACCGCACUGGCGCUCUCGCACGACCAGCGAUUCUUGCUAGUCGGACUGGAGAACGGCACCUUGGUUGUGUUCCACAUAGACUUCAACAGAUGGCACCACGAAUACCAGCAGCGGUACUAAAAGAGCUAUCAGUGUCGUCGUCGAUACGAUGUGGUCGCGGUCGCCACGCUCGCGUUCACGCGCAAAUUGAUACGGGGAUGGAAUCUUGGCAGUUGGCAUAAUCCCGUCUGCGUGACUUCAGCGGGCAGUCAGCAUCUCCUAAUUUAAAAUAUUUUGAAUAAUUUUUAUCAAAAGUAUAAAUUUUUGUAAUUAUUAUUGCCUAUUUCAGUACAAAAACAUGGAACUCACAAACUAUAAUAAGUAAAGAAUGAAAUAUAUGACUCUCGUCCAUCUGUUUUGCACACGGUACUGAUCCUUUGUAGUGUCUGUCUGUAUUUAACGUCGCUUAUAUGGUGGCCUGUCCCUCUAUCAAUUUGCGGGUUUAUAUUAUAAUAUCUUUAUGCGACUCGGCGUACGACAGAGAGGGAGAUAGUGAAUUGUUAGGUGUACGUGAUCGCGAGAUGUAUGUAUGUCGUUAAGUUGAUGAAAAGCGAGCAAUUUUUGUUGCUUCUGGUCCCUUUGUUGAAGUUUAUUCAUAUUUUAAUUAGGUAUCUAAUAUAAUUUAUUGCGAUACGCUCACCGGACGGUGACGUAUGUCUUUGUACAUUCCAUUCUUUUAACUUUAUUUAUUGAAUGACAUUAAUCAUUUUUGAUGUUUGUGCCAUAGAUGACAUAAUGGAAUGACUGAUGACUAGGUAACAUUCAUUAUCAGUUAUUGUGUCGAUAAGUUGUAUUUCAAAGCGGAUUUUUACUUAAGUGUACCUGUACUUAAUCUGUGUUGUUAUUGCGUCCAUUUUUUCAUGGUAUUAUUUUUAUUUUGAUAUAAGAGGAACAUUCCUGUCGACCCCACCUGGUGGUGGGUGGUGGCGGUGGACGGUGUACUUAAUGUAUACAAUAUCCAUUAUUAUUAUUGUUGUUAUAUUUUUUUGAUUUAUUCAUUUAUUAAACAGUCAUUGUAUGUUUG